AUGGCCAAACAAAACUUUGUAGGACUUGUAGUAUCGCAGGGGAAGAUGGCCAAGACCGUCAAGGUCCGUGUGCAGACCAAAACAUACGACAAAUCCGUCCACAAGGAGGUGGUGAAGCGGAAGGACUACCUUGUCCAUGACCAAGGGGAACUCUGUAAAGAGGGUGAUAUUGUGAGAAUAGAGGCCAUUCCAAAGAUAUCGGCUAGAAAGUACUUUGCCGUGGCCGAGAUCAAGGUCAACAAGGGUCAACAAUUUGCCUUGUACGAGAAGUUGGCCAUUGAAAAAGUUGCUGUUCAAGAACAAGAACAAAUCGCCAAGUUCUUUGCCAGAAGGGACGAGUUCAACCAGACCAUCACGCAUUUGGACGACUUGAGAAAGCUCGACUCCUUGGCAGUCCGCUUCCAGGGGCUUAGUGGUGGAGCUGCCCAUGCUGCAAGCGAAGAGGAACGCCAACAAUUGUUGGCAGAGAUCGGUGCCAUCAAGGAAAAAUAUAACAUCAAAACAUGGCCAGCAGUCGAGCCAGUGGUUUCCUUGCAAGUCAGCGAGGCCCUGAAGGAUUUGAGUGUCUUGGAACACCGUGUAGCCAACAUCAAGACCAUUUUGGACAAGAUGCUCGGAGAGGAACAAUACGCCGCCAAGGUGGAAGAAGUGUUGCAACAGCUUUCCAAGAAGCCUGUGGCUGAACUCUCCAAGUCCGUGAGGCGGAACAUGUUGAGAAAGUGGGUUUUAAAUGAGAAGAACGAAGUUUUCGUUCAGUUGUAA